GGAGAAGCGGCCUAAGACUUCGGUGUUGGGUAAGAGAAAAUGGCCCGAACCAAGCAGACCGCUGGUAAGUCCACUGGUGGGAAAGCCCCCCGCAAACAGCUGGCCACCAAGGCUGCCAGGAAAAGCACUCCCUCUACCGGCGGGAUGAAGAAACCUCAUCAUUACAGGCCCGGGACUGUGGCGAUUCGAGAGAUUCAUCAUUACCAGAAAUCGACCGAGCUUCUCAUCCGGAAGUUGCCUUUCCAGAGGUUGGUGAGAGAGAUCGCCCAGGAUUUCAAAACCGACUUGAGGUUUCAGAGUGCAGCCAUUGGUGCCCUGCAGGAGGCUAGUGAAGCGUACCUGGUGGGUUUAUUUGAAGAUACUAAUCUGUGUGCCAUCCACGCUAAGAGAGUCACCAUCAUGCCCAAAGACAUCCAGUUGGCUCGCCGGAUACGGGGAGAGAGAGUUUAAGUGAAGGCAGUUUUUAUGGCGUUUUGUAGUAAAUUCUGUAAAAUACUUUGGUUUAAUUUGUGACUUUUUUUGUAAGAAAUUGUUUAUAAUAUGUUGCAUUUGUACUUAAGUCAUUCCAUCUUUCACUCAGGAUGAAUGCGAAAAGUGACUGUUCACAAACCUCAGUGAUGUGAGCACUGUUACUCAGGAGUGACAAGUUACUAAUAUGCAGAAGGGAUGGGUGAUAUUUCUU